UAGUAAGGGACAAUAAACCUCGGAGUAUUAUAGAAACGUGUUGCCAUGACGUGUCCGUUGUUAAGCAUUAUCAUAAUAUUUAUUUCGAAUCAUUGUUAAAUGUCCUCUUCACUCAUGUCAUCCUUGCCGGAUUGGUGAGGGUAAAUAUAAAGAGUUUGCCUAUUCGUAGCCAACAUCGUCUCCGAGUUGUUCUCAGUUGCCAUGUUUGCUUUGGGUGACGCCAACCGUCUCCAUUUUCCUCCGCCUCUGGUUGUCAAGAAGAUGGCAGCUUCCAGGCAGGCAUGAGAGGAAAUAUUUCUUCGCAAAUCGAAUGAAUCGGGAUUAUUACAGCAAGAUUAGACCACCCGUCAGUGCUUUUCCAGAUACUGCAUCGAAUUAGAAGUCAUGUCUGUCCCUGGCUCCGCGGUGACUGGGACCUCGGCGUCGGUUCUGCAACCGCGGUGGAAACGGGUCCUCGGAUGGUCGGGUCCUGUUCCCCGGCCCAGACAUGGACACAGAGCCGUGGCGAUAAAGGAACUGAUGGUUGUGUUUGGCGGUGGAAAUGAAGGGAUAGUGGACGAAUUACAUGUCUACAAUACUGCAACAAACCAGUGGUUUAUCCCUGCUGUCCGUGGUGACAUUCCACCAGGAUGUGCUGCCUAUGGGUUUGUCUGUGAUGGCACAAGAUUGCUGGUAUUUGGUGGUAUGGUGGAAUAUGGAAAGUACAGCAAUGAUCUUUAUGAAUUACAGGCCAGCCGAUGGGAAUGGAAAAAGUUAAAAGCAAAAAAUCCCAAAAACGGGCCCCCUCCCUGUCCACGUCUUGGUCACAGUUUUUCCUUGGUGGGAAACAAAUGUUACUUGUUUGGCGGACUUGCCAAUGACAGUGAGGACCCGAAAAACAACAUUCCGAGAUACCUGAAUGAUUUGUACAUACUCGAGCUUCGUGCCGGGUCCAGCGUUGUUGCAUGGGAUAUUCCAAUCACGUAUGGAGUCCUGCCUCCUCCUCGUGAAAGCCACACUGCAGUGGUUUACACAGAAAAGACAAGUAGAAAAUCUCGACUGAUAAUUUAUGGGGGAAUGAGUGGAUGUCGUCUUGGAGAUUUGUGGACUCUUGACAUUGAUACCUUAACAUGGAACAAACCAUCAGUGAGCGGCACAGCACCACUUCCUCGGAGUCUACAUUCUGCCACUACCAUCACAAAUAAGAUGUAUGUUUUUGGCGGAUGGGUUCCCUUAGUAAUGGAUGAUGUCAAAGUGGCCACACAUGAGAAAGAGUGGAAAUGCACAAAUACCCUAGCCUGUUUAAAUCUCGAUACCAUGUGCUGGGAGACAGUGUUGAUGGACACCCUUGAAGACAACAUUCCCCGGGCCCGUGCUGGGCAUUGUGCUGUGUCUAUCAAUUCCAGACUGUAUGUUUGGAGUGGUCGUGAUGGAUACCGUAAAGCAUGGAACAACCAAGUCUGUUGUAAAGACCUCUGGUACCUUGAAACCGAGAGGCCACAUGCCCCUGCUCGAGUGCAGUUGGUCCGUGCCAAUACCAACUCUCUAGAAGUGAGCUGGGGUGCAGUUUCCACUGCAGACACAUACUUGUUGCAGCUGCAGAAAUAUGACAUCCCUGCAACUCCAGCUGUAGCCUCGCCAGCCAUGAGUUCAAUCCCCUCUCAACCCGUGAACUCUCCUAAGAGUCCCGCUCCGGCUGCUGCAGCCCCUUCACCACAGACUCUUUCACAAGCUGCUGUGUUGAAGGUUGCUACUCAGCAAUCUGCCACAGGUGCAUCUGUUGUCACAGUACGCCCAAGCCAGCCUGGGAAAUCUCCUGUAACUGUGACGUCCCUUCCUCCUGGUGUCAGAAUGGUUGUGCCUGCCCAGGCUACACAAGGCUCGCCGAUUGGUAGUAGCCCUCAGAUGAGUGGAAUGGCAGCAUUAGCUGCCGCAGCUGCAGCAACACAGAAGAUUCCACCAUCCUCUGCUGGAACAGUCCUCAAUGUUCCUGCAGGUGCCACAAUUCUCAAAACAGUAGCUGUUUCCCCUGGCACAACCACAGUGAAAGUCGCUUCCCCAGUCAUGGUCAGUAACCCUGCCACACGCAUGUUGAAAACUGCUGCAGCGCAGGUGGGUACUGCAGGCACGUCCUCGCCCACCACUACUACGAGGCCCAUCAUCACUGUGCACAAGUCUGGCGCAGUGACUGUGGCUCAGCAGGCCCAGGUGGUAACCACUGUGAUGGGAGGCGUUACCAAGACCAUUGCCUUGGUUAAGAGUCCCCUCACCAUGGGCAGUGGUGGCACUCUGAUAUCAAACCUUGGCAAGAUGAUGUCUGUGGUUCAAACCAAACCAGUGCAGACAUCAGCUGUCACGGGUCAGGCUUCCACUAACCCUCUCACCCAAAUAAUUCAGACAAAGGGUCCCCUGCCAGCCGGCACUAUUCUGAAGCUGGUGACCUCUGCAGAUGGAAAACCUGCAACGAUCAUCACCACCUCCCAGGCUGGAGGUGCCGGGAACAAGCCUACAAUCCUUAACAUCAGUGGCGUCUCUUCAAAUGCCGCUAAACAAGGCCCCACCAUUAUUAAAACCAUCCCAAUGUCGGCCAUCAUGACCCAACCUGGAGCAACAGGUGUGACAAGUAGCACAGGAAUGAAAACACCCAUUACAAUCCUUACAACCAAGGUGAUGACCGCUGGAACGCCUGGCAAAAUUAUCACUGCAGUGCCCAAGCUUGGAACUGCAGCUGGCCAGCAGGGAUUGACACAGGUUGUUUUGAAGGGUGCCCCAGGGCAGCCAGGGACUAUUUUGCGGACUGUACCCAUGAGCACAGUUGGUGGUGUACGACUUGUUACGCCAGUGACAGUAUCUGCUGUUAAACCCACUGUCACAACCCUGGUUGUCAAGGGAACAACUGGUGUCACCUCUCUUGGCACAGUCACUGGUACAGUCUCCACAAGCCUGGCAGGUGGCACUGUGGACACUGCUAACGCAUCUCUGGUUACUCCCAUCACCACAUUGGGGACCAUUGCUACCCUGUCGAGUCAGGUCAUCAGUUCGCCUGCAAUAACUGUAUCUGCUGCCCAGACCACCCUAACGUCUGCAAACACAUUGCCCUCGUCCAGCAUCACAGUGCAGAACCAGCCCACCCAGGUCACUCUGAUCACAACUCCCAGUGGUGUAGAAGCACAACCAGUUCAGGAUCUUCCAGUGUCAAUCCUGGCUUCACCCACCUCUGAGCAGCCUAGCUCCUCUGAAGCUGGAGCUGCUGGAGAUGGGUCUGGGACUGUAACUUUAGUCUGCUCUAACCCGCCGUGUGAGACACACGAUACAGGAACUACUAAUACAGCCACGACAUCGUCUGCCAACAUUGGCGCAGGGCAAGUUUGCUCCAAUCCACCCUGUGAAACCCAUGAAACUGGAACCACCACCACAGCCACAAUGUCCUCUGCUAUAAUUGGAGCAGAACAGGUCUGUUCAAACCCUCCUUGCGAGACUCACGAAACGGGAACCACCAACACAGCUACGAUGGCAUCUUCAAAUAUGCCCGCUCUGCGUGUGUGCUCCAACCCGCCAUGUGAGACCCAUGAAACGGGGACAACCAACACGGCAACCACAGCAUCAGCUAGCAUGGGAAGAGUCCAGCAGGUGUGCUCCAAUCCUCCCUGUGAGACUCAUGUGACCGGUACCACCAACACAUCCACGCAAGCAUCCUCCAACAUGAGUGAAGGCCAAACUAGCACGGUGCAAAGGGUUUGCUCAAACCCACCUUGUGAAACGCACGAGACAGGGACAACUAACACGCCAUCAACAGCCACCUCCAACAUGGGAGGGGACCAGACCAGCUCAGCAACUGGUGCCGUUCAAAGAGUUUGCUCCAACCCACCUUGCGAAACACACGAAACUGGGACCACCAACACAGCCACCACUGCCACCAGCAAUCUUGAAGCCGGAGAGGGCACAGCAGCUCAGCAGACAGAUGAUGUAACUGAAGGCACCAGCAGCACUGAAGAGGCCUCUUCCACUGCAGCAGUUGUUACCACCACCCAGGGGAGGGCUAUCACUACUGUCACUCAAUCCACACCUGUCCCUGGACCAUCCGUACCUUCGAUCUCGUCAAUCACAGAGGGGGGGAGCGCAGAAGCCACCACAGAAGAGCCCAUGCAGACUGAUGAAACUGCAUCAGCAGAAGCUGUACCUGCAGAGGAAGCAACUCCAAUGGAAACUCAGGCAGAAGGAGAUGCAGUAGCCACAGCCACAGCCUUGAACCUGCCAUCGGAGCUCAUGUCUGAAGGCCAGGGGGCCACACUGAUGGUAACGGGGCUCUCAGACGAGGAGCUGGCUGUCACAGCGGCUGCAGAGGCCGCUGCUCAGGCAGCAGCUACUGAAGAGGCCCAGGCCCUGGCCAUCCAAGCUGUCCUCCAGGCUGCCCAGCAAGCUGUAAUGAAUGAAGGCGAUGCAGCUGGAGAGGGCCAGCAAACCACCACCAUCCCCAUCAUGCUGACACAGCAGGAGCUUGCAGCACUGGUCCAGCAGCAGCAGCAGCUUCAGGAGGCCCAGGCUGCCACUCAGCAAAGCGCUGUAGACACAAGCAUGCCCACUGAAGGCCUCGCUCCUGCUGACAGCCUUAACGACCCCUCUGUGGAGAGCAACGGGCACAGCGAGAUGGCUGCCGCAGUAACAAGUGCAGUGGCCUCCCUCCUACCACGUACCACUGCUGAGACACUGGCCCCUUCGAGUACAUUUGCACCGGUUGUGUCAGUGGCCAGCCCAGCGAAGCUGCAAGCAGCAGCUGCACUAGCUGAAGUAGCCAAUGGCAUUGAGGGCGAGAAGCAAGCCCCUCAGCCAACCCCUGUGAAGCCUGCUGUCAAGAAAGAGAAUCAGUGGUUUGAUGUCGGAAUUGUAAAAGUGACAAAUAUGGUUGUCACUCACUUCUACGUGCCAGCAGAUGAUUCACAGGGAGAUGACGACUCCGGAGUCAUUCCAGACUACGGCCAGAUGAAGAAAAUGGAGCUUCAGCCUGGGACAGCGUACAAAUUCCGUGUAGCUGGAAUCAAUGCUUGUGGCCGUGGGGCCUUCUCAGAGAUAUCUGCUUUUAAGACUUGUUUACCUGGCUUCCCUGGCGCCCCGUGCGCCAUCAAAAUCAGCAAGAGCCCAGAUGGCGCUCACCUGACCUGGGAGCCUCCCAGUGUGACGUCGGGGAAGAUCAUAGAGUAUUCCGUGUACCUGGCCAUCCAGAGCAACCAGACGGCCGAGGCCAAGGCCUCCACCCCAGCCCAGUUAGCAUUUAUGCGCGUGUACUGUGGUCCCAACCCCUCUUGCCUGGUGCAGUCUUCCAGCCUCUCCAACGCCCACAUUGACUACACCACCAAGCCAGCCAUCAUCUUCCGCAUCGCCGCCCGAAAUGAGAAGGGCUACGGUCCUGCCACUCAAGUUCGAUGGCUGCAGGAGUCUGGCAAAGAUGGCGCCUCUGCAAAACCGGCACCCAAAAGACCAGGCACCUCUCCGGAUACUAAGACUACUGGUCCAAAGAAAGCAAGGACGGACCAGUGAGGUUGCCCAGAUCCCUCUCCCUUUGUCCUUUUCCUACUUGCUGUCCUUUUUAUCAGGAAGACCUCUUCAUCCUCAAUGUCAUCCCAACAGCAUUCUCCUCAAGUCUCGGACACGACAGCAACAGAGGCACAACAACUGAUUUAAGCCAAGAUGAAAGUCAAUCUGAGUCGUUUCUGUAGAUAAAACCCUCUUUCGUCCAUGUUCUGUUGGCCCAUGAUAUUUGUAGAGCGGCAUACACCUAGAAGCACAUUAUCUUUUUCAGUCAAAUCCUCUUGCGCCAUUUUAAUGUUUGCUUUUUGGGGGGCUUGUUUGAGUAGUUUAGCAGUAUAGAGAACCAUUUGCAUCUUUCACAAAGUGAGAGCCGACCUGAGUGCUAUGUUACCUUUUUUUUUUGUCAUCUUUUGUGAAUCCUGGGGGAUGUAGAGAGAGACUACAUACAUGUACAUUGUUGGAACAAGUUUGUGGAGGCAUUAGAUUAGAUGAGCAAAAAAAAAAAAAAAAUUGGUAUGGAAUCAAAUAAAGCACUUGUCCUUAAUGAGAGGACAUUAUUUUUUUCCUUUCUUUUUUGCUCCAAAUUGCAUCAGCAAGACCCGAGUCCGUACAGUCGUGAUGGUACGGGACUCCUGGUAACAUGACUGCUUUUCAUCCCAAGAUGAGGACUGUGGCAUCCGGAAGUGGUCUCCAUCCCCCAAAAGAAAAAAAAAAUUGCAGAGAAUUGAGCUUGAACUUUGCUCCGACUGAGACUUGCACCACACAACAUUGCAAAAUCUUCCCCAAAAAUUGGCGAGCAAUGGCGCAGAUCGUUGUGUAGUUUAUUUUUGUAUUUUUUUUUAAGGUUUUCCCCAGCUGUGUAUGUGUGCAUUUUUAAAAACAUCUUUUUUUUUUUUCUUUUUAAACUGUUCAUCCCCUCACUCGAUACUAUGUUUGUGGGCAGAUGGGUGGCCAUGUUGAAGUUGCCACUAUAUUUUUUAAAAGUAGUCAUCCAGUUGGUUGUAUGUUCUUGUUAGCAGAUGGCAAUGAAACAGCAAGACCUUUGUAUGUAUUUGAUCCAAGUAGAACCGCAGCGGUUAUAGGACUGAAGGGAACUUAAAGUGGACCCAGGGAUAGAUUUUACUUUGUUUACUCCAACGUUCUCAAUGUUUUGCUUUGUAUGCCAAACAUGGUUUCACGGGGUUCAUACCCACUCCCUUAACAUCCCACUCAGUUGUCCUAUGCUUUUUAUGCUCAUGAAUGUGGUCUCUCACCUCUUCGUUCAUUUUUUUUGUAGAAUGUCAAAUUAUAUUAGUAGGCAUAUUCCCCUAUCCUAUUGAUGUAUGUGAAUCCAUUUAAUAAAUUUUAAUUUUUUUCCCUU